AUGUCUGGGAAGGGCAUUCCAGGGUUUACGCAACAAGCACAAGGGACGGUGCAGGAUGCUGCAAACAGCCUGGGAAAGGCCACACAGCAAGCGGUGAACCAAGCUGCAGAUGCGGGUCAGAAAGCUGUGGAUCAGGUCUGCAAGAUGGCUCAAGAUGGCGUUGACAAAGCAACUGGGCAAGCAGCCAAUACCAUGUGUGACCUGGAGAAAAAAAUUGGACUUAAGAAAUGA